AUGGAAGCUGACACUGUUGCUGAGCGAAGUGAGGCCACGCCUGCCCCUCCUCUGCACACUCUGGCAGGUGCCCUCUCCGGUGCAAUUGCUGCCUCUUUAACGCAGCCGCUGGAAGUCAUAAAGACGAGAAUGCAGGCUGAACGCCGUGAAGCACAUCGUCGAACGCGUUACGCUGGCUUGUAUAGUUCAGUGCGCACGAUACUAAAUGACGAAGGGCCUCGCGGUUUAUUUGUAGGCCUCGUGCCAUCAACGCUUGCUUUGGUACCCGCUUUAGGUUCCUUUUUCACGAUAUAUUCCAGCGUCAAGGCCUGGAUGGACCCGGCGGAGACGGAUGAUACAACAUUUUUUACAUUGAAGUGUGCAACUUCAGCUGGGAUAGCAUGGUCUCUAACCUCAGUGCUGACGAAUCCUUUGUGGCUGAUGCGGACUCGGGCAAUUACCAGGAUGCUUGAUGAAACAAAAUGUAUACAUUUACUAACUAAGGAGGCCCAUCGACCAACCAUGCGGAACCUGCUUCAGGAGAUUGUCGGGGAAGGUGGCCUCGGCGGCCUUUACCGAGGUACCUUGGUAUCAAUGGCUGGAUUCCCCGCUGCUUCCGUUCAGUUCGCUCUGUAUGAAAACCUAAGACGUCUGAUAGAUUGUGAAGGGGCACAGCGAGUUUAUUACAUGGGCAUCGCUUCUCUGACGAGUGCGAUAUUGAGCCAGCUUGUGUGUUUUCCAUUGGAGGUCCUGCGAACUCGAGUGCAAAGCGGACUUGAGGGUCCUCGAAUCCGUCUGUUUCAUCUAGUUCGGAAUAUGAUUUACAGAGAGGGCAUAUCCAGCUUCUAUCGAGGACUAGGCCCGAGCAUGUUGCGCACCGUGCCAAACACGGCUUUGGCAUUAAUCAGCUACGAAUUUUUGCUCGAAUUCUUCCAAAAACUUACACUUUAA